AUGUCGCACGCCACAGUAUCCUCGAGGGCCCUGUGGAGGUCCAUUGCCUCCACGUCCUCCAGACAAUGCCGACGAUGCAUCUCCCAAGCAGCGAUUCCUAAGCAGACCCGGCCGACUGCUGCGCCGUCCAUGUCCCAAACAAGAUCGUUCCCGACGCAAAGAAGAACAUACAAGACCGUGGAGGAGGCUAAGAGCAGAUACAGAGCAGGACCUUUCUCAUGGAAAGCCGGCCUGCUGUUCGUGGGAACCGCCAUCGGCUUGACGUGGUACUUUGAGCACGAGAAGCAGCGCAUGGAGCGCAAGCGCAUCGCCGACGCGACGAAGGGCAUUGGCCGGCCCAAGGUCGGAGGCGAGUUCUCGCUGAUCGACCAGAACGGCAACAAGUUCACCAGCGAUGACAUGAAGGGCCGCUACGCAUUGGUCUACUUCGGUUUCUCGCACUGCCCUGAUAUCUGCCCCGACGAGCUCGACAAGAUGGCACAGAUGUACGACCUCGUCGAGCAGAAGCGCCCCGGCGCCCUCCUGCCCCUCUUCAUCACCUGCGACCCCGAGCGCGACGACCCCAAGGUUCUCAAGGAGUACCUCGCCGAAUUCCACCCCAAGUUCGUCGGUCUGACGGGCACCUACGACGAGAUCAAGGCCAUGUGCAAGCUGUACCGCGUCUACUUCAGCACGCCGCAGCACGUCAAGCCCGGCCAGGAUUACCUGGUUGACCACAGCAUAUACUUUUACCUGAUGGACCCCGAGGGAGACUUCGUCGAGGCGCUUGGACGACAGCACUCGCCCCAGGCGGCUGCCAAGGUCAUCCUGGACCACAUGAACGACUGGUCUGGCGAGUGGAAGAAGGAGUAA